AUGAAUGGUGCCGGUGCUGGCGGAAAGAAACAGUGGUAUAAGAAGAUUGGAUGGGGGAUCUGGAAGGACAUCAAGGCCAGAGCACCCUACUAUGGGAGCGACUGGACGGAUGCUUGGAACUAUCGGGUCGUGCCUGCUACAUGGUUCAUCUUCUUUGCGAAUGUCUUCCCUGGGAUUGCCUUUUCGCUCGAUCUUAUUGAAACUACUGGCCAGUACGGUGUGCAGGAAGUUCUACUAUCAUCUUUCAUGGCCGCCUUCUUUGCUGCCUUCUUUGGCGGACAGCCUCUCCUCAUAUCCGGUGUAACAGGUCCAAUUACCGUCUUCAACAAGGUCAUCUACGACAUCAUGGAGAGUCGCGCCAACCCACCGGUCUACCUCCACUUUAUCGGCUGGGUCUAUCUCUGGGGCGCCAUCUUCCACUGGAUCGUCGCACUAGUCAACGGCGUAUCGCUACUCAAAUACGUCACCCGCUUCUCAUGCGAGACGUUCGGAUUUUACGUUGCGGCUGUGUACAUCCAGUAUGGGAUCCAGGUGGUGGAGCGGCAAUUCACAGAGAGCAGCGUUGGAGCCGGGUUCUUGGGCAUCUUACUCGCCAUACUCAUGCUGGUCACCCCGCACUACUUUACCGCGGUCGCCGAGUCGGGAUACGUUUCAAAAGGCUUCAGGCGUUUCUGCGGGGACUAUGGUAUGCCCAUUACCGUCAUCGCCACCAGUGGAUUGGCAUAUUGGGGGUACUUCAACGGCGCUGUCCGCGAAAUGAACAUGACUCUUCCGGUAAUAGAAGAAAGCUUUGUCCCCGCCAACAAUCGCGCGUGGCUCGUGCGUUUCUGGGAGCUUCCAGCGGAAUACGUCGGCAUCGCCUGCCCGUUCGGCCUCGUCCUGUUCAUCCUGUUCUACUUUGACGCCAACGUUUCAUCUCUCAUCGCGCAAGGAACCGAGUUUCCGCUUCAAAAGCCACCAGGGUUCCACUGGGACUUCUUCCUCCUCGGUAUCACCACCUUCAUCGCUGGUUUACUCGGUCUCCCAGCGCCAAACGGUCUCAUCCCUCAAGCACCUCUGCACACUGCAAGUCUUGUGAUCAUGGGGUAUGAGGACGAGGAUCGCACAGCGGUUAGCACACCCACAACCGGAUCACGCUUCCGCGAGGAGGGUGUGGAACCGACCCAAUCGUUCGAGAUGGACCAGGCUCAGCUUGGCGCUUCGAGCAGAGGCGGAAAAUCAGAUCGCAGCGGGCUCAAGCGAAGAUCGAGCCGCGGCGUGCAAGAGUCGGCAAAGAUGAGUGAGAAAGAGGUCGAAGAGCCAAGGAAAGAGGUACCUGUUGCGGUGGUGGAGCAGCGGGUGUCAAAUCUCGCGCAGGGCGUGCUUUGUAAGUCCUCGCUGAGAUCAAGGCUGAUGACAGGUCUCGUUUUGAUGACGAAGCCGUUCCAGCAUGUCCUAGGCUUGAUUCCCAAGGGGGUGAUGGCGGGGCUUUUCUGGUACAUGGGAACGGCUGCUCUGCUCAGCUCUGGCGUGACCAAGCUCAUGCUCUACCUCAUCCGAGAUCGACAAAAGACAUCGCCCAGUGAACCCCUCAACAAGGUCCGCCGGUCCCGCAUCCUCAUAUUCCUCUUCAUCGAACUGAUCGGCUUUGCCGCGACCUUCGCCAUCACGCAAACCAUCGCGGCGAUUGGGUUCCCGGUCAUCAUCUCACUCUUGGUCCCAGUCCGAUUAUACAUCGUCCCUCGUCUCGGAUUUACUAAGGAGGAGCUUGACAUCUUGGAUGGACCUGUUGCGAGUGAAUUUACUCUUGAAUCUGUUGGAGGCAGCAUAUAG